AUGCGUGGGCUGGAGGAACAGAGCCGGAAAGAGGAGGAGGAGGAGGAAGAGGGGGGACACGAAGGAUCACUGAGCAAUGAACUAUUCUCUUAUGAAGAAUUUGACACAGACUUGGAGCAGGAAGAUGAGGGUCCAGAGUACGAUCCCACGGGAAGGCAGUGCUACCUGAAGGUGUGUGAGAGGCUCAGGGUGGUCCCAGCCUCCUACUUCCUGCAGCACAUGAGGGACAGUGAGCUGGUCAUGGAGCACCGAGGCCUGGGACCUAAGGGCACCAAAGCACUGGCGGUUCCCCUGGUAACCAAUACUUCAAUUCUGAAGCUGAAUCUGCGAGAUAAUUGGAUGGAGGGACUGGGCGGAGCUGCGAUAGCCCAAAUGCUGAAGGAAAACUGUUACAUUACAGAAGUGGACGUGUCUGACAACAGGCUGGGGGAUGUGGGGGCAGAGGCCAUGGCCAGUAUGUUGAAGGAGAACAACACUCUGACUCAGCUUCGUUUGUCCAACAAUGGCCUCACGGACCACGCUGCAGAGCAUCUCUCUUCAGCUCUGGUCACUAACAGCAAACUGCAGUAUCUGGACCUGAGCCACAACAUCCUGGGGGACACAGCAGGACAUCAUCUGCGAGAAGGACUGUCUGAGAACACAGGACUGAGAAGUCUGAAUCUGGCCUGGAACUGCAUCCGAGGCAAAGGAGCUGUGAUGUUAGCCAAUGGUUUAGCAGGCAAUAUUUUCCUCAGAUCAGUGGACCUGUCCUUCAAUGGCUUUGGGAAAGAAGGAGCGGUGGCAUUGGGGCAAGCACUUAAGGAGAACAAUGUUUUAGAGGAGCUCAACAUCAGUAACAACCGCAUCCCCCCUGAAGGAGUCAUCCGCUUCGCCAUGGGCCUCAGAGCAAACAAGACGAUCAAAUCCCUGAACGUGGGAAGGAACCCUAUCCAGAAUGCUGGCUGCUAUGGGCUCCUCAAGUCAAUUCACGACAACAAAGAUUCAGCUAUGGAGCUGUUGGACCUUACGGACAUUUUUGUUAACCAGGAUUUUGAGGAUUUGUUCAAGUCAAUGCAACAUACAUUUCCAACUCUUGUAGUAAAACAUGGUAGCAAAUUUGGUACAUUUUGUAAAAGUGUUAAAAGUGAUACAACUUCUUGA